UGAGGUUGGAAUCAAUUUAGAGAGAUAUUCAAAUUUCUCUGAUUUAAAGCUAUAUUUUCUACUCCUGUGACACCACAUCAGAUGCGUUAUAUCAGUUUGAACAGUUUGAUGGAUUGUGCAAUUGUCUUAAUCGAUUUCGGAUUAGUCAGCAUGGAGGUAAAAACCUGAUAUCCCAAACCGCGCACUGUAGUGCAGAUAGGUCAAUCCUUCUUUGAAGAGUUGCUUUGUGUUUUUUAACUGAAUGAACCAGAUUUCGAUAAUUCACGGCUACGGAAACAUACAUUUAAAUUGUUAAUAUGAGCCAGGGGCGGUCUCAAGACCCGCGAGCUAGCCAGCUCAAGAGAAUAUUACUCGACUUUCAAGUUGGUCAGCAGACAUCCAUCCAAGUAGGCGACAGUGAUUGACAAUAAUAAACUUUUACACCAUCAAUAUCACCAGUUCACCAGCAAUAAUUAAAUUUGGCACCACUGCAGUUUCUGGAACCCAGACAUGAAAUACUUGACAAGUGGUGGGGUUCACCUGAAGGCAGCAGCUGCGACCACCGGUUCAUGAAGAAGUACCUUCAGAACAUAAAAAGUGCUGCCCUCCAUGCCUCCCAUCUGAUUGGAUGGGAGAAUAAUGAUAAGUAGUACAUUGCACAUAUGAUGAUAGAUUGUUAUGCAUCAGUGUUUUCCAUUUAUUUCAAAGUAAAGGAUUAGAGAUCACAAAAUCUCUGUGAUCUUACAACAAAUUGUUAUUCUAAAGCGAUAAUUUUGUCAUUUAAAGCGGUCAAUUUACCUGAUUGCCGGCUCUUAGGGAAAACACUGAAUGCAUGUGAUAAAGAUUCGUGCUAAUGCCGCAAUAUGUCAUGUCACAUGUUACACAAAAAUAUGACAUUAUAUUAGUGCUUAUUUAAUUUCAACGUAAACCUCGACAUGUCUCUGCACAUUAUGUUACAUGAAUUAAUAAUUUGCUGUCAAUGUCAGCACUUGUCAAAAUUUUAGGAAUCGCCAAUGGAUUCCAUCAUAUUAUGUGAAGGCUCCAAUUUGUUUUUCUUAAUCUUCCCAAUAUCCAAUGAAGGUUGGGACGAUUUGUUUAUUUAUUAAAAAAUGGUUGCCUAUCAAUGUUUUUUGUAUGUGAAGGUUCCAGCUGUUUUUGUCAGUGUCAGUACUGGUCAGUAUGGGAAUCGUCAAUUGAUUCCAGUUGAUGUUGGGAAUCGUGAAUUGAUUCCAGUAUGAUUAUGGGAAUCGUCAAUUGAUUCCAUCAUAUUAUGUGUAGGCUACCGUUUGUUUUUCUUAAUCGCCUAAUAUCUUAUGAAGGUUGGGACGAUCUGUUUCUUUAUUUCAAAAAAGGAAUUUGUUUUUCUUAAUCUUCCCAAUAUCUAAUGAAGGUUGGGAGGAUCUGUUUAUUUAUUUAUAAGUGGUUUGCCUAUCAAUGUCUUUUUGCAUGUGACUAUGUGAAGGCUCCAGUUUGUUUUUCUUAAUCUUCCAUGUAUCUAAUGAAGGUUGGAAGAUCUUUUUAUUUAUUUAUAAAAAAAAUGAGUUGCCUAUCACUUUUAUGUCACGGUUGUUGAAUUUUAUGAUGACCAUGAUGAACUGACCUAUUUUAAGCUGAGCCGACACUUGUAUAUGAUAAUAGAUUGGCAACAUGCAUUGUGAAGAGUUCAAUAACAAAUGAUAAAGAUGAAAAAUGUAAGCAUGUUUGCUCCUAUCUACCAUGUGUUUAUAGCUUGGUGGCAAAGAAAUUAUUAAUUCUAUUAUAUUAUCACCUAUGGCAAUUACAACUGCUUAGACUUAUUGUAGAAUAAAAUGCCACCAAAAAAGAGGAAAAUGUGAUGGGUCCGAAGCCUCCCAAAAAGGUGAAGUUACGCAGUCAACCGGCUCAAUUGCUCUCUGUGGAUUCAGUUUGGGCAAUUUGGUGGAUUCCAAUUGAUCAUCGACUCAAGUGGCUGCUCCAAAAAAUCAGCUGGCAGCAGCAAAUCCUAGACAACAGCAAAAGCCUUGACUCCCAGCAAUGCUUCUACAAACAAGAUCGCUUCAAAGGCUGCACCACUGCACUGCAGACUUCUAUUACAUCUUCUACUGAUUUGAAUAGUUCUUAUUUGGACCACUGUCAUCAUAUUAACAAUUGAUAUUCAAUUAUUUGAACAUCAAGUCAAGAAUAAAAGAACUCUACAAGAACAUUAUUCUCUUGUGUUACAAAUGGCGUCGUGGACAGGAUUCUUGUGAUUGACGACAGUGUGCAGUUGUGUUUCCAUCACCAUGGAACAGCUCAUCCAAGGACUAAUGGACAAAAUUAAGAUUUUGGAGACUAGAGAAGACCAAGAUCGACAGGAGAAUGCGGCGAUGCACAAAGAAAUUAAACAUCUACAAGGAAAAGUUUCGUCAAUGCAAGCUACCGAGUCGAAAGAAAAACCGACACCUAUGGUGUACGUCAAGUCGGAAAGAAAAUUUCCCAAGUUUGGUGGGUACCCAGAAAAAGAUACAGAUCCAGAUGUGAUAGACUGGAUUUCAGAGAUGAGAGAACACAUCAGAGGAACAGCAUCAAAGGAUGGACACGCUGACUUCAUAAUGGAUCAUCUUACUGGAAACGCUAAAGCUGAGGUUCGCCUACAUCAGAUCGAACAAAGGAAAACUGGCGAAGAGAUACUGAAUAUCUUGGAGCACGUGUUUGUGAUUAAAGACACUGUAACUCAAUUAUUGCAGAAAUUUUAUCAAAGAGACCAAAUUGAAAGCGAGACUCUAGAGAACUACUCUCGAAUAUUAAUGCAGAUGCAGGAACGCAUUAACAAGAAAGUGGACAAGAAGAUGCAAAUAACUGAUAUAAACCUAACAGAAAGAUUCAUCGAUGGUAUUAGAGACAGAGUUGUUAGACAAGAACUGAGGAAAAUUGUUGUUGAACAAUCGACAAUUCCGUUUCAAGAAUUCCGUCUCAGGAUGUUAAAGUGGGUCGAUGAUAAUCCACCAUGUGAGAAUAAACAAUUGAAUGCCGCAUCAGCGAUUGUGAGUAUUUCUGACCCAUUAACAGACUUGUUAACAAAACAACAAGCCAUGUUAGAGAAACAACAGCAUCAGAUUGAUACGCUUACUCAAACAUUACAAAAGUUUCAACAGUCUGAUUCACCUCGGAGGGGUAAUAGACCCGGACCGUUCAGAGGACGUGGCCGAGGAAUCGGAAAACAAGAUCAAUUUGUUUGUUAUGCGUGCAACGGACAUGGACAUUUUUCUUCAGAAUGUGCAAAUCGUAAAAAGGAGCUCUCGCAGAACAAAGUAAACAGACAACUGCAACAACAGCCAAGAACAAAAUUUCAGAAAACAGACCCAAAAGUAAAACCCUCACAGUGGAGAGUCGCCUGUUAGAGGGGAGUGGGAAAGACUCUUGUGAUAUGAACGAGAAAAUCAAAAAUGCUACAAGAAACAGUCCAGUCGCUACUAUUGAACUAAACGGACAACCUGUGAAAUGUCUUCUGGAUACCGGAGCAGAAGUUUCGACUAUAUCUGAAAUGUUUUAUAAGAAGUUCUUACAUCACAAAGAUAUUACCGACACAAGAAAAUUUCUACGAUUGUCUGCAGCCAACAAAAUCCAAAUUCCAUAUCUUGGAUACAUUGAAGUGGAAUUGAAGAUUCGAGAUCAACUAUUCAGUGACGUUGGAAUGUUAAUAGAAACCGUGACAACAGAUCCAAAUGCUGUUCAAGUUAUUCUUGGAUGUAAUGUACUGAAA